ACGUAACGUCCUGUACUUCAGUAUUGAGCAGCUAAAGCGAAGAAAAAUACACGCGAACUGAACGAUGGGGCCCAAGAAGAAGGGGAAGAAGGGCAAGAAGGGCAAGAAAGAGGAGGAAGCACCGCCCGAGGAGCCCUCAGAGUACGACACGAUGGACGUGCCGAUGCUCAAGGAGGUGAUUCAAAUGCUGAGGCAGCAGCUGGAGAAGGCCCAAGUGGAUCGCAACUACGUUCAGCAUGAGCGGGACAUGAUCGAGUCGUUCUACGAGAUCACCAAGCAAGAGAUCCAGGACCACGAGAACCAAAUUAUGGCCAAAGACCGCGAGAUGGAGAUCAUGGAAGAUAACCAUCGCGUCGAAGUGCGUGUGUACGUACAGAAAGUGAAGCACUUGGACUACGAACACAAAAACAAUCUCAAGCGCGUACAGACGGACGGCAUGGGUCACAUGGACGAGGAGAAGGAUCUACACGAGCACAGAGAGACUGUACUACGCAGCACUAAACAAUCUCUUAAACUCGAACUCAAGGAGCGAGAUUUGUCCAAUGAAGACGAGAUUGAGCAGAUGAAACAGGCCCACGAGAAGAACCUCAUGAAGCUGCGUGAACAGUUCGAGAAGAACAAUGCCGCUCUUGAAGCUCGUUGUCAGCAGCGUCUGCGAGACCUUCAGGAGUCGUUAGAACUGCGGCGUAAAGUGGAUAUCCACGAGAUCGAAGAGCGUAAGAACUUGCACAUCAACGACCUGAUGAAGAACCACGAGAAGGCCUUUACACAGAUCAAAAACUACUACAACGACAUCACUAAAGACAACUUACGGCUCAUUGAUUCGCUUAAGAACGAGAUCGCUGCUAUGAAGAAGAAAGCGGCAGCUAAUACGAAGCUCAUGCACGACGUCUCCCAAGAGAACAAGCGACUUUCGGAGCCUUUAGCGGCUGCGAUUCAAGAGGUAGAGCACUUACGGCAUGAGCUUAAAGACGAGCAGAAGGACAAGUUGUCGCUGCGUAAUGCCAAGGCCAGACUGCUGUAUCUAGCGCAACAAGUGCACGACCUCAAACAGCACCAAGCUGAGCUCACUAUGAAGUACAGGACGAUGGAGUCGGACCGCAAUGCGCUGUACGACACGUUCGAGCACACGGUCCAGACUAUUCACAAGAAGGGCGAGUGCAAGAACCUCAUUCUGGAGCAACGUCUGGCGUCCAUGGACGACCAACACGCACGUAAAGGCGCUCAACUGCAGGAGAUUCUACUGGCUGCAAACCUCGAUCCAGUGCAGGCUCGAAGAGUGACGGAGACGCUGGGAACGCUGCUGGACUCGAAGAACGCCAAGAUCCGCAAACUCCAGUACAGUGUCACCAAGGAGAGCAAGGCUUACAAUGACAGUUUACGUACCUUUACACAGAAGCUGACCCAGUUUGGCAUCCCAGAGGAGGAGAUCCGAGCUCUUGGCUUCAAACCGUUGUCCUCGAAUGCGAAUGUGAACCCAGCUGGACUGGUAGCAACGGAGUAGUCUUGCUUAUUAAUGCAGAAGAAGAUUAGCUAGUGGUACAUGGUGACUUUGCCUAGUACUUGUUGG